GAUGCCCUGUACAAGAAGGGCUAAAGUCGUCUCCACUUGCUGAGAAGACCGGUCUUUUGGUGUGUGCAGGUCAUUAUUAAGGACUUUUUAUGACCCAGUUGUGGCGUCAGCUAUUUUUUAUGCUGUAGUCUGUUGGAGUAGUGGGUUUUCUGAGAGGGACAGGAAGAGAAUAAAUAAGCUGGUGAAAAGGGCUGGCUCUGUCCUGGGCUGCCAACUAGAGCCUGUUGAGGUGGUUGGGGAGAGGAGGAUGAUGGACAAAUUGGCAUCCAUCAUGGCCAAUUCCGCUCAUCCGCUCCAUGGGACAGUGGCUGCGCAAAGCAGUUCUUUUAGUAACAGACUACUUCACCCAUCAUGUGACAUCCAGGUGAUUUCGUUUGAAGAUGUCGUCAACGCGAAAUAUUGGCAACAAAGAGUAUUUGAAGAAAAGGAUUCCUCAAAAUCCACGUUAUCAGCAUGUGAAGUCUAGACUGGAUACAGGCUGCAGCCUGACCAAGGAAAUGGAGAGACUUGAAGAAAUGAAGAAAACAGAUUACAGAUAUAGAAAGGAUGAACUUUUCAAGAGGCUCAAAGGGACAACUUUUGCUCAGCUGGUUCUUCAAGUUGCUUCCGUCACAGAUCUGAAUGAGACUUCCAAUGGAAAAGAAAAACAAGAUUAUUCCUGUGGACAACCAGAAACAGAUGUCAGCCACUUUACAAAGACAUCAAGUAGGAUACAGCAGCCCUCACCAGUGCAGUUCAGUAAUGAUGACUGUGGAGAUUCCGUUUCUCCUAGAUCCACGCUUCAGAGUGUGAUUAGUGGUGUUGGAGAACUGGAUCUUUAUAGAACUGAACCCAACACUGUUGAUCUGAUGCCUGGGUCCAGUCCCAAUGUUGAAGAGAAGCCUUACCCUGAUUGUCCAUACCUAUUAUUAGAUGUACGUGAACGAGACUUAUAUGACCAGUGUCAUAUCAUCAGUGCAUUAAGUUAUCCCAUUGCAACCCUUUCACGGACAAUGAACCCUUUCACCAAGGAAGUGCUGAAUUAUAAAAAUGUGAUUGGAAAGAUCAUCAUUGUCUAUGAUGAAGAUGAAAGACUUGCAAGUCAGGCAGCCACUACAAUGUGUGAACGGGGAUUUGAGAACCUCUUCAUGCUCUCUGGAGGCUUGAAGGUUCUUACACAGACAUUUCCUAAUGGAAUGACAACAGGCUCAGUUCCUGUAUUGUGUCUGUCUGCGGGCAUAGGACACACACGCUCCAAUCUCCAUCAAGGCUUAUGUGAAACUGAGAAGAAAUGGAGAUUUACUGCUGAAGACCUGCACAACAUUCAGAAUUAUUUAGAGCACUGUCUUGUCCCAGUCAACCCUAACAGCCGGCUCAGCAGAAUGUCUACAGGGAAUGCACAGUCUAAAUCGUUUUGUGUGGAAAGUCAGCUAUCCAUCUCACCGACAGGGUCCGGGCGGGGAAGAACAGAAAGCACCAGACCUUGGAAGUAACCAGAACCAUCUCAUCUUCCCAUGUGUGAUGGAAACAUAUAUACACUGUACAUAUUUGAUCUUUCCUUUUCUUGCCUUUUUCUGAUGUACUUCACUAAAAUCGCAAUGUUACUCUUACGUUUGGACAAACAUCUGUUCUAAAUGGGUUUUUUUUUUAUAUAUACUGUAUAUAAAUGUCACAUACAUUGUAUGCAAAUAUUUCAUAGAUAAUACUCAUUUAAUUUUUUGGUUGUACUUAUCCUGUAACAUUUUCCUUGUCUGGUAACCAUUGAAGUGCUUCUGACUAAGGUGUGCCUGAUAUGCCAGAUGCAAUGUUCAUGAAUGGUAUUGAACAUGUUGAACUGUUAUUUUUAGCAGACAUAGAUUUUUUUAAUUUGAAUAAUAGCUUAUGCUGUAAAAGUAUUCUUUCAGACAGCAUCAGGGUCACACUGAUGUGUCCUCAU